UUCACUAAUCUAAACUCAAAAACACAAAUCUAAGCAAAAUCAAAAGCCGAAGCAAGAUGCAGGAGCUGUAAGAAACGAGAGAAUCCUUUUUGUCUCUUCCCAUAAUUUUUGUAGUUUGUUUCUUUUUGGUUCAUCGAAACCCGAAAUGGCGAACCAGUUGGAGAACUUGGUGGAAUCAAUCAAGUCCAAGGUAAGGGCCCUGAAGAAGUCCAAGAAGCCAUACAUUAAGAUGGACAAGAGCUCAAGCGUGAAGGUCGAGAUCCGUAGCAGGAAGGCAAGAAAGCUUAUAGACAAGACUUUGAAGGGCGCUGACCGCCCUGGAAACCGUAGCAUUUCAUGACCCUUUUUUUUUUAUUUCUAUAAUCUUCUUCUUCUUCGUAAUCAGAAGAAGAGAAGUCUCUGUUUCUGUUUCUCUUUUUCAUUUGCUUGUAGAUACCUACUUGGAUUAAUUAAUUAGCUUCACUGAUUUAGAACUUUUA